AUGGGAGCUCAAAGAAGUGCGCAUGUUGGCCCACAAAAGGAAGGCAGAUGUCGACAAGAGUCGCCCAGCUCGAAUCCUAUGACCAAAGGACUUCAAGCAGCACAUAUCGAUCUUGCAGCUUUGAACCUAUCGUUGCGAAAUUGGAAGCAGGUUAUAUCGAAGAAAAAGAGGAAGAACGAAAAUUUCGCAGUUCUCGAAGAAGAUUACAUCAAGAGAAGCGGAAUCUCGAAGCAAGAUAUACCGCAGAGAAGAAGAAGCAAAACCGUCGAGUACAAGGAUCUAAGAGAGAAACACUUUGACCUACAGGAUAAAAUGGCCGAGGCAACAGUAGAUAACGCUGCGACUAUAGCGGUCCUUGAAGCGCAGAUUACAAAGUUGGAGUUACAAAUCGUGCAUAAGGACAAAUACAUCGAACAUCUCGAAGUUCAAACGGCUGCUAGGGAAGAGGUGUGCACUGUUAGAGAACAGCGAUGUAACGAUAUCGAGGGAGAAAGGCGCAAUUUGAAGAGCGCUGUAACAGACCUGCAAAGGAAAUCAACAGAAACUCGGAGAAAAAUGGAAGAGGUGAAAGCGGAAAAUGAGUCAAUGAUUUACGAUUGUGAUAGGUACAAGGAAAAUUUGGCGGACCUUGAAACCGAAAACGAAAAUCUCGUAAAACGUGUGGCCGCUGAAAAGCAAAGAGUUGAUGAUUUCAGACACGAUGCUAGAGAGGUUCAAAAAGAAAACAAAAAGGUCCAAGAGGCUUUGGUGAAAAAAGAACAGGAAACUCAGGAGCUUCUUGAAAAGAUGGAAAAGGCGAACAAAUAUCUUGUGGCCAAAGGAGGAGUUGGAGUGUCACCAGAAGUGCAAAAGCUGAUGAGAGACUAUAUCGAGAUGUGCCGCAGUAUCAUAAAACAGAUUAUAGACACUCGAAUGGCCCAAAACAGGUUUCAACCAGCCCCAGGAACUUAUCAACCCACGGACGGUGAUAGUAGGAGAGGUUCAGCGGCAGGAAGCAAAGACUCUAGCGAGAGUAGCAGCAGCAGCAGCUCUUCUGAAGCCGAAGACGAGGAGGAAGAGGAGGAAGUGGUAGAGGGAGAAGGAGAAGGUAUUCCCGAUCUCCAAGUCAUCAACAAAAAAACCAGACGUCGCGGACAUGGCCUUGCUGCUGGUCCUGAGAUCCAAAUCCAGAUUAAAGAAGUAGAAGUGAUUCGAGAAGUUCAAAUUCCCGGCCCUGAAAGGCUCGUUCCUGGUCCUAUUCAAUACGUUGAUCGCGAGGUACCUGUGCCAGGACCUACCGUAUUCGUCGAUGUACCAGGUGCAGAUAUCCCGGGACCCAAUUUCGUUAUAACGCCAUUCCGAGUGUUCGCUCACAAUCCCGUCAUUUGCUGGCUCUUGGUCGAAUUCAAUUUCCUCAUUCUUUUCUUCCAUUGGUGUAAGCGGUCGUUGAGUGUUCUUAGUCGGCUCCCUGCAAUGACUAUUGGACUGGGCCCCUGGAAUCCACCACCUCCUGAUGAUGAUGACAAUUCCGAUUCCGACGACGAUGAUGCAGCUGGAGAACCUCCGGAUGGUAAAAGACCACCCAAAACUGGACCUAAACUUCUCUCUGUAUUAUUCAAUCCAAAGCGUGGAAGAUUACCAAAUGCCUGGGAUACCUUUUGGGGUUUGGUAUUUCAUAUGUUCGUCUAUAGUGUACUUUGGUUGUUUCUCUCGGUUGCUUACGAACGCAAACUUUGGCUUGCAGAAAACGAUUCUACUCGUAGGUGGCUUUACCAAAUAAUUGCGCAGCACGGCGGUAAUGGUUUCCUUGGUAUGAAUCAAAUCUUACCUCAACGUGUCAUUCGUCUAUUAGAGAUAUGGAGGUUUGAUCUUCUGGAGCGUAUGGGCUAUCCUCUUGCAUAUCAGUUCCCUGGUUGA